AGAGUGGCGACCGGAAAAUCAAGAAUAAUGGAGAGGGAGACUACAAAUAAUCAUGGUGGUGAUCUUCUUCAUGUUGUGAUAUUUCCAUUUUUUGCAUUUGGUCAUAUAAGCCCAUUUGUGCAGCUAUCCAACAAGCUAUCCGUUCAUGGAGUCAAGAUUUCCUUCUUCUCGGCUGCCGGAAACGUCGACCGGAUUAAAUCCAUGUUGAAUUCGAACCCAUGUACUCAGAUAGUUCCUCUCGCGCUCCCCGCCGUGGAGGGCCUUCCUCCGGGAACUCAGAGCACUGCAGACUUUCCGCCGGCAGCCGCGGAGCUACUCCCGGUGGCUCUCAACCUCAUGCAGCCUCAGAUCAAGGCGCUCCUCGUUGAACUCAAACCCCAUUUUGUGAUCUUUGAUUUUGCCCAGAAUUGGCUUCCGCCGCUCGCGGCGGAGCUCGGGAUUAAAACCAUAUUUUUCUCCGUCUUUGUUGCACUGGCCACCGCCUUUGCCACCGUCCCCGCCAGGCUUCCAGGCCCCGAAAGAUCCCCCACCGUCGAAGAAAUGAAGAAACCGCCACCGGGUUUUCCUCCGACUUCUGUCGCUUCCUUGAGAACCUUUGAAGCUCGAGAUUUUGUGAUCAUCUUCAAGAGACCCCAUAACGGCGGCGCCUCCGUGUACGACCGCGUUCUCGCCGGCCUAAACGGCUGCUCCGCCAUACUAGCAAAGACCUGUUACGAAAUGGAAGCGCCGUAUAUAGAUUACGUGAAAUCCCAAUUCAAGAAGCCUCUUCUACUCGCCGGUCCGGUGGUGCCGGAGCCGGCCUCCGGCGUGCUAGACCAGAAAUGGGCUGAUUGGCUAAGCCAGUUUGAACCCAGCACUGUAAUAUACUGUUCUUUUGGGAGCGAAACGUUCUUGAAAGACGAUCAGAUUAAAGAACUGGCCCUAGGAUUGGAACUCACCGGCCUUCCAUUCUUUCUGGUGCUGAACUUUCCGGCCAAUGUUGACGUGGCUUCCGAGCUCAACCGGGCCCUUCCGGCGGGGUUCACGGAGAGGGUGAAGGGAAGAGGGAUCAUCCAUUCAGGGUGGGUGCAGCAGCAGCAGAUCCUAGUUCAUAGCAGCGUGGGAUGCUACGUCUGCCAUGCAGGGUUCAGCUCAGUGAUUGAAGGUAUUGUGAAUGACUGUCAGCUAGUUAUGUUACCGCAGAAAGGCGAUCAGUUCUUGAAUGCUAAGUUGUUGGCCGAUGACAUGAAAGCCGGUGUGGAGGUAAACAGAAGAGAUGAAGAUGGGUAUUUCUGGAAAGAGGAUAUUCAGAAAGCUGUACAAACAAUCAUGGGAGAAGAAGGAGCAUCAACAAGGGCAAACCAGGAAAAGUGGAAAGAGUUUUUGCUUGACAAAGAGAUUCAAAGCAAAUUCAUCAAGGAUUUGGUUAAGGUCAUGAGGGAUAUGGCUACCAUGAACUAAAUGAAACAAUAUUGAUUGUGGUUUGAUUUAUGGCAGAUCAGAGUGAAUAAAAGUGAAUUAUGUGUAAGAAUGUAUUAUGUUUGUUGCAGUAGUUUGAUUUAUGUUUGUUGUAAUUUGAUUUAUGGUGUAAUGAAUAAAGAUGAAUUACUUUAAUAAUGGAUUAUGUUUGUUGUUGAAGGA